GGAUUUUCAAAAAGCUAAUAUUGUCAAUAUGCUACCUAUGAUAGAAAUCUAGUCACAAACGAUAGAAUCUUUGUAGCUGAACUCGGACGGGAAGACCAUCAAGGAGAUGAAGAAAAGGCCUUUCUCAGUCGUCUGUGAUGCUCAUCUCCGCCAAAAAUCAGGGGCAGGAGGUACUGCUACUCUUUCAUUUCUUUCUCCAAGAAACUCCACCCUUAUUCAAAACCCACAAUCAGCUUCUAGUUCUGCUGCUUCUCAUGCCUAUAGUACUGGUAGUACAGUUAGUAAUCAUCACCCUAAAUCUGACAAUAGUGUUCGUUCCGGGUCUUGGGGAUUGAGGAGGAAUAUCGAUAGUAUCAGCAAUCUUGAUGAAGCUCUGGGCUUUUACAAGCAGAUGGCUCGGAUGAGACCUCUGCCUAGUGUUGCUCAUUUCAAUAGACUGCUGGGUCGUAUUGUUAAGAUGAAGCAAUAUUUGGUGGUUCUUUCUCUUUACAGAGAUGUGGCCGAGUUAGGAUGCAUUUCGCUUAAUGAAUACACGCUAAGUAUUGUGAUUAAUUGUUACUGCUUCUUGGGUAGAGUGGAUUUUGGAUUUUCUAUAUUGGGUGGCUUCUUCAAGCGAGGUAUUUUGCCCAAUACGGCCACCUUUAAUACUCUGCUUAAAGGACUCUUUUGGGAACACAAAAUUCACGAGGCACAAGGAUUGUUCAAGAAAAUAAUAUAUGAAAAGCUAUGCGUACCCAGCAAAAUUACGUAUGGGACCAUCAUAGAUGGGCUUUCUAAGGCUGGGAACACUAGCAUGGCCAUUCAAGUCCUUAGAUUCAUGGAAAAACGAGGAAGGUGCAGGCCUGAUACAGCUGCUUACAGCACUAUUAUCGAUGGGUUGUGCAAGGAUAAAAUGAUGGAUCAAGCUCUCUCCCUUCUACACGAGAUGAUUGAGAAAGGAAUUGCCCCGGAUGUCAUCACUUACAAUUGUUUGGUCCAGGGUCUGUGCAAUUUAAGUAAAUGGAAGGACGUUGAAAAGCUCUUGACUGAGAUGAAGGCUUAUAAUAUUGCUCCUGAUGUUAUUACUUUUAGUAUUCUUAUUGAUGCACUAUGUAAGGAAGGACAGUUAGAAGGUGCAGAGCAGGUUUUAACUGCCAUGAUUCAGCAAAAUCAGAAUCCUACUGCAGUCACUUAUAAUGCAUUGAUGGAUGGAUACUGUUUACAGGGCCGAAUGGGUGAGGCAAGGAGAGUUUUUGAUAAAAUGGCUGCUAGUGGCCUUAGUCCUGAUGUUCAAAGCCAUAAUAUAUUGAUCCAUGGCUAUAUGAAGAAAAUGAAAGUGGAAGCAGCCAUGAAUCUCUUCCAAGAGAUCCGACAUAAAGGGUUAACGCCGAAUGUUGUUACCUAUACCACUGUCCUGCAGGGUUUAUUUAGUGUUGGGAGGUAUCUUACAGCAAUCAAAGCUUUCGACGAGAUGCGAGCUGCUGGCUUAAAACCUAAUUUUCACACUUACUGUGUGUUGUUAAAUGGUUUAUGCAAGAAUUCACAUGCUGAGGAAGCACUUCAAUUUUUGCACAAAAUGGAAGUUGUGGAGUAGAUUCUCAGAUAACAAUGUACAGCAUCGUCCUUGAUGGAUUGUGCAAAUGUGGGAAGCUUGACAGCGCCCGGCAUCUUUUCUAUAGUCUCUCUUCUAAAGGAUUGGAUCCUAAUGUUACAACUUAUAACACGGUGAUAAAUAGCCUCUUUUCAGAAGGAUUACUACAGGAAGCCAAAGUGUUUAUUAAGAAAAUGGAAGAAAAUGGUUGCACUCCA